UGCAUGAACACAUGUCAUAGAAGGCAAAAUACUAAUAUGAAAAAUUGGGCAAUGUUGCAUAGAGUCGUAUGGAAUCCUCCACUGGGAAUUAGCAUUUAGAUCGUGAAUGAAGUGAAUUGUUAGAAAGUAUAUAGUUUUAUUGUGACUACGUGCUGCGCAGAUCCGCAAAUUUGGAUACUUAUACGAAACCUGAACCCAAAAGUCUUAUAAGAGCAAUCUCCCAAAAUUCGUGUUCAUAAACGUGCAAAACAUGGCAACCAAGACUUUUUCCGUUGUUUUAAUGCUGUUCUCGCUAUCCUGGCCAAUCGAUGGGAACCUAAAAAUCAGCAAGCGUCAGAUAUCCUCCACACCGACGUGUGGACAGUCGCUAUACACGGGAAUAGUAAACGAAAACAGUCCGCCCGGCACAUUUGUGGUACAAGCCACCGCCACUUCGACAACUGGACAGCAGCUCGUUUGGUCCAUUCAAGAUACCACGUUCCAACGAUUUUCUAUAAAUCCAGCCACGGGAGCGGUGAGCGUUGCUGGAUCACUGGCUCGCAUGUCCAUGCAGCGCUCGGCCUUGGAAUUCCGCAUCAGAGCAACCGAUCCAAUUACCCAACUGUAUUGCGAAAGUACGGUAAGAAUCAACGUCCUUCCGACCAGCGGUACCACCGGCACCGGAACCCAACCCACAUUCGGGCAAAGCAGCUAUACCUUCGUUGUCGGCCAGGCGACAUACGGCACGCCUGUAGGACAAGUCUCUAUAACCAACCCUGUCGGCACAACACUCUAUCUUCUGUCCGGAACCUCCUCCUUCGCCAUCAAUCCGCAAACGGGUCAAAUCACCGCUAACGCCAAUCUCAGUCCCGGCGUAUACACCUUCACCGUAAACAGUCAGAAUCAGUAUGGCACUGGGAUAGCCACGGUAACGGUGCAAGUGACCAGCAGUUCAACAGGUACCGGUGCUGUGACCUUUCCACAGACAUCCUAUACGUUCUCCACCAGUAGCUGCCAAGCCGGUGUGCCGGUAGCCCAGAUUGCGGCCAGCAGCACAGUGGGAGCGAUACCGUAUUAUUCCAUCACCGGAAGUAGUCUGUUCACGGUGAAUGCCCAGUCGGGGCAGAUCUCGGCGGCGACUAACCUUAAUCCGGGAGUGUACACGUUUAAUGUGGUGGCUACGUCACCGACGACAGGGCAGAGCGCUACGGCGACCGUCACACUAACCGUCGCCUCGUGUUCGACUACAGGUACGACCGGAACUAGCCCGAGUUUCUCCCAGUCCUCGUAUACGGUUUCCGCAACUUCCUGCACGCCAGGCGCUACCAUCGUGCAAGUUCAAGCAGGCGGCGCCCCAUCGACAUAUUAUUUAUCCGGUACAUCCCAGUUCAGUAUUAAUCCAUCCACUGGCAUGCUGACUGCAUCCCAGAAUCUAGCUACCGGAACGUAUACAUUCCAGAUUAUUGCGCAAAACACGUACGGGCAAGCCACGGCAACACUUACCAUUAACGCUAACUGCGGUACUUCAACAUUCCCGUCUGGACAAUAUUAUGUCACACAAGGCACAUGCCCAGCGGGAUCGCAGCUGGGAAGUAUAUGCUCCAGGACGUUCGGCUGAUUAGCAAGAGAGGAAGUCCGUAUUAUACUGUAGUUUCUAUGGCUUUUUACUUCGUUUCAUUUGUGAACAGUACAGAUAGAACUGUCGAUACAAUCUCAUAAUCAUUUUAUCCCACCAGCCAUCUCUAACAUUAUCUGUGUCAGUUUUGUUAGUUUCAGCAAUUAAUUUUUCUUGCCAAAAGAGAAUCUGAAACUUUAAAAUAGAAAAUUUUCCAUGGAUUGUAACUUGCAACACUGAAAUUUUAAUGCAAGUACAACGUACACAGCUAACUACUCGUAGCCUAAUUAGCCGAUACGUAUUCCACUGGGCUUCCGCGCUUUUGUGAACAUUUCCAUUGGGCGACCGAAAUUUUUGUUUAGCUGUGUGAAUACAAUCAAUAAUUCAAUAUACACAGCUUUGUAUAACGCAGCUAUAU